AUGUUGUGCUUCGUCUUUGCUACUACGCUUCUUGCGUCAUUAUGCUCCACGGUUGCUGGCUUCGGCCUCACUGAAAGUGGAGACUCGUACAUUGUCGAUACCUCCGCCGGUUUGAUUUUCACUGUUGAUUCGACUAGUGGAGACAUUACUUCCAUGAAGUUCAAUGGAAUCGAGGCGCAAGACUCCAGCAAAUAUAGUCAGAUUGCGUCGGGUAUUGACGCUGACUGCUCAUGGGUCCGCGGAGGCCAUGACAAUAACUAUAUUACUAUCACCUGCACCACCAGCACCCUUAUUCAGUACUACGUCGCCAGAUACAACGAUCCAGCUAUUCAUAUGGCCACCUACACUACAGCUGAGCCGUCCGUUGGCGAGCUUCGGUUCAUUGCCCGUCUCAGUCAGUCGACGCUCCCCAAUGGUUAUGAAGUAUCAGACAUUGUAGGCGGGACUGCUAUUGAAGGAAGCGACGUGUACUUGGUCGGCUCCGAAACAAGGUCGAAGUUCUACUCGUCCAGACAGUUUAUCGAUGACCAAAUUCACGGAGUUUCUGGAUCAAGCAUCGCUGCUUGGAUGAUUAUCCCCGGUACCGGAUAUGAAAGCAGCUCCGGCGGGCCUUUCAUGCGCGACAUCGAUAACCAAGGAACCUCGCAGCAAGAGCUUUAUUUCUCGUAUCGCAUGGGUCUGCAUGGUCCUUAUGCUUUAUGGUUUACGACUGGAUCCACUCCUUCGUCUGACAUCGAUACCUCAUUCUGGGAUGGCCUUGAUGUGACGGGUGGACCUCCGAAGAUGACAGAGGCAGGGUCAAAGGAAGCGCGACCGGAUAUCCUUCGGCCUACGCCGACUAUAUGUCGGUCGGUUUCAGUAACAGCGACGCUCAGUACUGGUGAGGUGCGAACGGACUCGUCCGGUGAUUUCGUCAGUCCCUAUAUGAAAGCGGGUACCUACACAAUGACGCUAUACAAAAUGGAAUUAGAAGUUGCCACUCAGAGUGUCACCGUUACUGCUGGAAGCGUUGGAACGUCCAAUAUCGCGUCGACUGAGGCUACACCAUCCGUGAUUUGGCAGAUUGGUGAGAUUGAUGGCACGCCAAGAGGAUUCCUAAAUGCCGACUUGAUUGAAACGAUGCAUCCAAGUGACAGCCGAAUGGCUGACUGGGGGCCGGUAACCUUCACCAUCGGUGAUGAUGUGGAUACGUUCCCCAUGGCUAUCUUCAAAGGAUGGCUUGGAGGAUUGAUCCUUACGCUAUGCCUCGGGCAUUCUGCCUUGGUGGGGUUGUCCUCCUACUCUUCCAUUGUCCUGCUCCCUGACUCUGUAUCAGCCCAAACUAUCAUUCUCGGGUUUUCUACUUAUCCCAAAUCAUGGGCGGAUGCGGAGCGCUCGGUAUUGGUGUGGCGGAAUCACUACUAUUUUACGCUCCUGGUCUUUCCUAUUGUUGCCACAAUAGUAGAGAUCGUCAUUAUCAUCAAAUUGGAUGCUGUCAAACCCACUGACGACCUCCACUGUGAUGCAUCAGACCCUAUAUGGGUGAGAUUUUUCGGUUAUGCAGGCACACCACUACUUCUCGCAGUACCCGUUUUGUUCUUCUCUGUCAAGUCCAUCGUGCGAUCCUUGAAGACGAGCAGACACAUCCAGCGUUCCCGUUCAGAGGAGCUCGAGAACCAACGGGUUCACUCAUUUCCGCGAUUACCUUGGAGAUUCUACAGUCAUCGAAUAGUACCCAAGGUUGCUCCAUCACCUUGUUGGUUCAGUCCCACGCAUCUGGUUCAUCUACUGAUCCUCCCACCUGUAGAUCGCACGAGCUUUUCUCACUCUUCUCUAUUUCCACCGGAUACAGACGUCCUCGACUCCCCUGUAUCCUCUUCUUUCCCUACCUUCGCCACUGUUGACCCCCCACCCCCGACUAUACGACGAGAUGGUCCACGACAUCCUGAUUUCUCUGCUAUCAUAGGAAAUGACUGGAACGAAAUAGCCCUUGCGACGCCUGAAGAGUCCGACCAAGAUAAGACGAGCUCGUUGGUGUGGACUCGCCCCGGAGACGAUGAUAUCCAACUUGAAUCCAAUGAUUGUGGGGGAGAGAAGCUCGAUGACUUGGAUUCAUUGGAUAUUUCAUGUAGCGACUUUGACUAUAGAUCGCCCUACUCUAAAACGCUGUCCUUUGGCGCUAUGCCCAAGCGAAAGAAACGACUUGCAUACCUAUCACCGGCAAUAUGGCGUAUAAUGUUCUUUCAAGUUGCCUUCACUAUCGUUCUUCUCCUUACUUGUAUAUCCACCCUAGUUGAUGUUGUUGCCGGCCACGAAACACCAACACCUUUUGGAACGCAGCACGUGGCACUGCUUCUAUCUGCCUGGGGACCAGCCCUAGUGUUCGGUCUCUUCCCUGGAGUGAUGCGGAAGCUUAUGUUCUGGAGAUCAAGUAAUUCAUGA